UCUCCUCCACAGAGGAGUCAUCGAGACAUCGAGGCAGAUCUGAGCCUGGCUCAGCCUCCUCCCUCCAGCCCCCAAGGAGCCCCCAGACCCUGCUCUGUGACCUCUGCUCUUUCUCUUUCCCAUGUCUCUAAGCAUCUUGGUCUCGGUGUGAGAGGCUCUCUCUGUCUCUGUCCCUCAACCUCUGGGUCCUUGAGGCCUCCCCCUCUCUCAUUCUCUCUCUCUCUCUGCAUUUACCAGAACCCAACCCUCGGCCCCCAGAAUGUUUGUCCUGCUGACAGCACUUCAGAUCUUGGCUGUAGCCAUGAUACAGAGCCAAGCGGAUAAGUCCAAGAUAAUUGGCGGCCAUCCGUGCAUCCAGAACUCUCAGCCGUGGCAGGCGGCCCUACUGGCAGGUCCCGGGCGUCGAUUCCUCUGCGGAGGGGCCCUGCUGUCUGACCGGUGGGCCAUCACCGCUGCUCACUGUGCCCGCCGGAUCCUUUGGGUCGCCCUGGGCAAGCAUAACCUGAAGAAGUGGGAAGCCACCCAGCAGGUGCUGCGCGUGGUUCGCCAGGUGCCACACCCCCAGUAUGACUCCCGGACCCACAACAAUGACCUGAUGCUCCUGCAGCUGGGGCAGCCUGCUCGGCUGGGGAGGGCGGUGAGGCCCAUCCCUGUGGCCAAUUCCUGUGCCAGUCCGGGGACUCCCUGCCGUGUGUCGGGCUGGGGCACCACAUCCAGCCCCAAUGCCAGGUACCCCAACUCUCUGCAGUGCGUGAACAUCAACAUCAUCUCGGAUCAGGAUUGUAGGCAGGCGUAUUCCAGAGCCAUUACCUCAGGCAUGGUCUGUGCAGGAGUUCCCCAAGGGGGGAAGGACUCUUGUCAGGGUGACUCCGGGGGACCCCUGGUGUGCAGAGAACAGCUCCAGGGCCUGGUGUCCUGGGGGAUGGAGCGCUGUGCCCAGCCUGGCUACCCCGGGGUCUACACCAACCUGUGCAAGUACCAGAACUGGAUCCAGGGAACCAUACGGAGCAGAUGAUCGCCAGUGUGACCAAAUGUCAGCCGCCCGACAUGCUUCCCUAGACACUGCUCUCUCCAUUCAAGACUCAGGAGUCCAGCCCCUGGAGUCCAGGCGUCCUCAUCCUGAUCCUUAUCUCAGAACCCCUCUCUCCCAGAUCAGUUCCUUCAGUUUUUUUCUCCCCACCCCCACAACAUCACCAUCAUUAUUCAAGACCCCCUUAGGCACAGACGGUGGGAGCCUGAAGGCACUUAACUGACACCAUAUUCCAAAGAAGGCAAUUUUCAAAACUCUUAGUACCUCUAAAACCAGAUAAAAUAAUAAUAAAAAUUGAACAACCCUAAA